AGGGACUGUAUGUGAAAAUUAUCCAAAUAAUUGACUCUGUUGGAAUUAGUUGGCAAGCAUGAGACUUAGAUCUCGUGCUAAUACUAAUACAGGCAAGAGCAUUGACUUUCGAUUAAACAUUAUUACAAAGGCGUAUUCAGGAAUCUGCAAGCUGCGACAUUUUCUUGUUUACAAAGAAAACAAUGGCUGAAUCUCUUCUGCUCAAUCUUGCUCACAGCAUCAUCGAAAAGUUGGCCUCUCUUGCACUUGAAGAAUUUCUCUUGGCAUGGGGACUUCAAACCGAUCUUCAACACAUGAACAACUCCUUGAAGGCCAUAACUGCUGUUCUUCUAGACGCCGAGCAGCACCAGUCACGCAACCACCGGAUACAAGUGUGGCUUGAGGACCUCAAAGAUGUCCUUUAUGACAUUGAAGAUGCCGUGGAUCAAUUCGAGUGCCAAGCAUUGAAAAAGCAAGCGGCCAAAGCUGCAGGGAAUACUAGCAUAAAGGUAAAACGUUUCUUUUCUAGCUCUAAUUCACUUGCAUUCCGCUUUAAAAUGGCCCAUAAACUAAAGAACCUUAGGGGGAAAAUAGCUGAAAUUGUUAAACUUAAGUCUGAUUUUGGUUUGACUGAGGGGGUCCACGGUACGCAAGUCAUUCGCAGGGAGAGGAAAUUGACUCAUUCCUUUGUGGAUGCUGCAACGGUCAUUGGGAGGGACGAAGAUAAAGAGAAAAUCUUACAUCAUUUAUUGAAUCCUGUGGAUGUUGAAGAUGUCCCCGUUCUUGCGAUCGUAGGGAUAGGAGGCCUAGGAAAGACUACACUAGCUAAGCUUGUGUAUAGCGAUGAAAGAGUGAAGAGUCAUUUUGAGGUGAAGCUAUGGACAUGUAUUUCUGAUGACUUUGAUUUAGAAGAAGUUCUUAGAAAAAUCAACGAGGCUGCCACAGGUCAAAAAUGUGCAGGAUGGGGUAUAGAAAAAUUGCAAGCAUUCUUGAGGAGGACCGUUAACAAUAAAAAGUACUUACUUAUCUUAGAUGACGUGUGGAGUGAGGACCGUCGAAAAUGGAAUGAAUUGAGAGAUUUGUUGAUGGGGGGUGCUGAUGGAAGUAGGAUUCUAGUCACGACAAGAAAACAUAGUGUUGCCUCAGUCAUGGCUAGUGUUCCACCUUACAAUUUAAAUGAUCUUUCUCAUAAGACUUGUGUGUCUUUAUUUCUCAAAUGUGCAUUUAAGGACGCACGGGAUGUGGAACACUAUCCUAAUCUUGUAAAAAUGGGUGAAGAAAUUGUAAGAAAAUGCAAAGGAGUUCCUCUAGCAGUAGUAACAUUAGGAAAUUUGCUUUAUUCCAUUACUAGUGAGCACGAGUGGAAAUAUGUAAGGGAUAGCGAGAUCUGGAAGCUAGAGCAAAAGGAGGAUGAUAUAAUGCCCGCACUAAGAAUAAGUUAUGAGCAGUUGCCAUCUAACUUGAAAAGAUGCUUCGCAUACUGUUCAUUUUUUCCAAAGGAUUAUGAAUAUGACAACAUUGAACUAAUUCAAUUUUGGAUGGCACAUGGGCUUCUUCAGUGUAAGAACGAAAAUGAAGAGCUAGAAGAUGUUGGAUUGCGUUACUUCAGAGAAUUAUGUUCAAGAUCCUUUUUUCAAGAUAUUGAUCGAUCAUUGAUCAGUAUGGUUAAUUGUAAAAUGCAUGAUUUGAUGCAUGAUCUUGCGUUAUCAGUGACACAGAAAGAGUGCUCAAUUGUAACAUCAUCAACCCAACAUAUACCUAGGAAUGUUCGACAUUUGAUAUUUGCUAACCCUAAUUCACUUCCGGAAAGUCUCCCUAUGAUCUUACAAAGUUUAGACGGUGUACGAACCAUUGUACCUUAUGUGUCCUCAGGCAUUAUUAGCCAAUCGUUCAUCCAGAUAUUGUAUUUGCCAAGGUUUCAGUUUCUGCGGUACUUGGAUUUGAGAUAUUCUGAAAUAGAGACACUGCCAGAAGGUAUUGGUAUGUUAAGGCAUUUGAGAUUUCUCAGUUUAUAUGAUUCCAAAAUAAGAAGACUGCCAAAUUCUGUUUACAAGUUACAGAGCUUACAAACUCUAUGGCUUGUAGGGUGUUAUGGAAUUGAAGAGUUACCCAGUGACAUGAGGUUGUUCAUCAGCCUUAGAUCUCUGACAAUAACUACAAAACAGAAGUGUUUGCCAAAUAAUGGAAUAGGCUGUUUAAAAUCUCUUCGAAACUUGGAAAUUGUUUCAUGUGGAAAAUUAGAAUUCUUGUUUGAAGAUAUGCAAGGUUUCAUAAACCUUCGAAAAUUGACUAUUCAGGGAUGUCCAAGCUUAAAAAGUGUGCCGCAGAGUAUAAAAUACCUGACUUCAUUAGAGUAUCUUGCUAUAGAAAAUUGUGAGAACCUUGAUUUAGAAAUAGAGGAGGAAGGAAGUGAUAAUCAAACUCGACUCUGCCGCCUUGAAAAACUGAUACUCGGAGGCCUACCAAAACUGGUCGAAUUGCCACGGUGGCUUCUCAGUAGUUACACCACCACUCUUCAAAUCUUAUUUCUUAAACAGUUACAUAACAUGAAACAGUUGCCUGCUUGCCUUACUAGUCUUCAAGGAAUACGUAUAGAUGAUUGCGAAUUACUUAAAGAAGAUUUGUCCAAGAUUCCUCAUGCCCCCGACAUUCGUAUUGAUGGCAAGAAGUUCAGGAAGGAACUAUUAGCCCCGCGAUCUUGAAAAAAAAGUUUAAUUAUCGAGUAUUUGAUCAAUUUCGUUCCGAGUGGAGUAUAAUAUGGAUAAUAUAUUCAGGAUAGGAACUGCUUCUUGGUGAUCUAUUGUAUCAAUGUUUCAGACUUGUUGGUUCUUUCAUUUAAUUUAUUUUCUUAAAUGAAGAUUAAAUUCAUAUUUUUAAAUUGUAUCUAUUUUUUGGAUAGUAAACUUCUUGUAUUCUGCAACUCUUUGAUUGUAUUGCAACUGUUACUUAAGUUGGCAUAAA